AUGCCAACAUAUCCAUCCGAGCAGUUCCGACCGGGCCAACCCAAUGCUCCCCGCCCACAACGCCCUGCACAGACGUCUUCAAAACCUAACCCGGAUAUCCGGUCAACGAAAGAGUAUAAGCUUGCAGCACGGCGGUGGACUUCUGCUAUUGUCGCAUUGCCAAUCGUGAUGUAUACUUCGUACAUUCUCUAUGAGAGAAUCUACGCGGGUAGGGAACAGAAGAAGUUUGCCCAAAUUGAGAAAAAGGACGAGUAG